AUGGAACUCAAAACAUCAGCUCUAACGGAAGAGCUCAUCAAGCUUCCAAAGGAAAUUCGAAAUUUGCUCUCGGGGGGUAUUGCCGGCAUGGCUGCAAAGAGUGUGGUUGCUCCAUUUGACAGAAUAAAAAUCCUUUAUCAGAUUUCCUCUGCUGAAUUUCACAUUUCGAACGUCCCCAAAGUGGCCAUGAACAUUGUUCGCACCGAAGGCCUCCAGGCUCUGUGGAAAGGAAAUACUGCUACGAUGAUACGGGUGUUUCCAUAUUCCGGUAUACAAUUUAUGAUAUUUGAUAGAUGCAAGACCUUCUUGUUAAGAGAACAAGAAAUGACAUAUGUACAGCAAAAAAUUACCGACCCAGAGGCACCCAAGCCAACUUGGGGCAUGACACCUCUACAGAGUUUAAUGUCAGGGAUGCUAGCUGGAGCAUCAUCCGUGUGCGUCACUUAUCCACUAGACUUGACGAGAGCCCAACUAGCUGUAUUACGGCGGAGAAGUGAUGCUCCGAAUCUGAGAUUCUAUCAAAUCAUUGCCCAAAAUUAUACCAAUCGGGGACUACCGGGGCUGUUUCGGGGAAUCACACCAACAAUGAUGGGAAUACUUCCGUACUCUGGAAUUGCAUAUUCUGUGAAUGAACAAACCAAGAGAAGAAUUCAAAAUAUGACUGGACGUGAUGUGACAACCGUCGAACGAAUGGUCUGUGGUGGGUUGUCAGGACUGAUUGCACAGACGAUAGCCUAUCCCUUGGAAGUAACACGGCGACGGAUGCAAACCAUUGGAAUCAUUCCGACAUCCGGGACUGAUGCAGCAGUGGAUAGUGUUGGAAAGGGAUCCUCGAGGGCCGGGGCAGUGGAGGCUGCCAUUCGAGCCGUCACACCCACCAAACCACCCUCCAUGGCAGCCAUUGUGAGAGAGUUGUACGCAGAGCAGGGAAUACCGGGGUUUUUCAAGGGUGUUACUCUCAACUGGUUCAAAGGACCAAUCGCUUUUUCCAUUUCUUUUACGAUAUUUGAUACCGUCCAAAGCCGUCUUUCUACAGAGAGCGAACGGGAACUGAGGCUACCCAAACAACAAACUUCCUAA